AUGAACAUCGGGAAAGCUUACAGUACCUUUAACAUCAGCAAUGGAACAGAUCUAGCUAUUGGCUUUACCUCUUCCACAGUAGCUGUCCUUCUGUUUGGGACAAACUUUGUGCCUGUUAAGAAAUUUGAUACCGGUGAUGGCAUGUUCUUCCAAUGGAUUCUCUGUGCCUCUAUAUGGAUAGUUUCUUUGGUAGUCAAUUUAAUCCAGAAUUGCCCCCGGUUUUGGCCUCUGGCUAUGGUAGGGGGUUUCGUGUGGGCUACAGGCAAUGUUACAGUUGUCCCUAUUGUUAAAACUAUUGGCUUAGCUCUUGGUCUUUUGAUAUGGGCUUCUUUUAAUUUGCUGACAGGUUGGGCAAGUUCCAGGUUUGGUUGGUUUGGAAUUGACCCAGAAGAGGUGUCAAGACCAAUCUUAAAUUAUAUUGGAGCUGGACUUUCACUACUAAGUGCUGUCAUAUUUCUUUUUAUAAAAACUGAAGUUCAGAGUUCUUCAGCUUCAUUAGAAAGUACGCCUUUACUGAGAGAAAGUUCUAUUAAUGUUUCUGAAGAUACCUCUGAUGACUCAUGGGUGAACAGACUUUCUCCAGCAAAAAAAAGACUCAUAGGAUGUAGCCUGGCUGUAGUAGCUGGAAUGCUCUACGGUUCCAGUUUUGUACCAGUACUUUACAUCAAGGACCAUGGAAGAAGAAAUGAAACUAUAUACACAGGAGCAAGUCAAUUUGAUUUAGAUUAUGUUUUUGCACACUUCAGUGGAAUAUUUCUUACAAGUACCAUCUACUUUUUGAUCUACUGUGUAUUCAGGAAAAAUAAACCUAAUGUUUAUCCCCAAGCCAUAUUGCCAGGAUUUGUUUCUGGUGUGCUUUGGGCAAUAGCCAAUUGCUGCUGGUUCAUAGCCAAUCACUAUCUCAGUGCUGUGGUCAGUUUUCCAAUAAUUACUGCAGGUCCUGGCCUUGUUGCUGCAAUGUGGGGAGUCCUUGUAUUUAAAGAAAUCAAGGGACUGAAAAACUAUGCGUUACUCUCAGUAGCAUUUUGCAUCAUUUUGGCUGGAUCACUCUCCACGGCUUUUUCUAAAAUUUGA